UGUACAAUUUUCCUCUAUAUAUAGUUUGGUUCUAGCUAUUCUUCUUUAGCUCUUCAUCGCUACUGUUUUUAAAUAUUUGCCAAAUUAUUUCCAUCUCUAAUGGCUGAUUUGGAUAGUUCAAGCACAUCAAAUAAUGCCUUCAUAGACUCCCCUUCAUUUGAGGCCAAAAAGGAAGAGAGCUCGAAGCUUGAAUUUUCCCAAGAUGAGGAAAUCCUUAUUACUAAAAUGUUCAACUUGGUUGGUGAGAGGUGGUCAUUAAUUGCUGGAAGAAUUCCAGGGAGAACUGCAGAAGAAAUUGAGAAGUAUUGGAACUCAAGAAAUUCCACCAGCCAAUAAAUAUUUUCUUCUUUCUAUAUAUAGAGCUACAAAAGCAGAAAAUAUUUAUUAUCACUUCCUUCCUUAUUGUUUAUUUGAGAUGGUUUUGUAGAACAAUAUGAAAAAAAAGAAGAAGUGAACAUUGGAUUGGAAUAAAUAUAUUGUGAUUUAGAGCGGA